AUGGCGCCCAAAACAGAAUCGGCCACUUACACUCAUGGACACCAUCCAUCGGUUAUUCGGUCUCACGGUUGGAGAACAGCUCUCAACUCGGCCGCCUAUCUACUUCCUCAUCUUAAGCCACAUAUGAAAAUCCUCGACAUUGGAUGCGGACCAGGCACGAUCACUGUCGACCUUGCCGGGUAUGUCCCAGAAGGACACGUCACUGGUCUAGAACGUGCCGGCGAGGUUAUCCUUGGCCAGGCUCGCACUUUGGCUCAGGAAAGGGGAGUGAAGAACAUAGACUUUGUCUCAGGGGACGCAAAUGCGCUAGAAUAUGAAGACGGCAGUUUUGACGUUGUCCUAUGCCAUCAAGUCCUGCAGCACGUCGGCGAUCCGGUCGGCAUUCUCAAGGAAAUGAAACGCGUAGCCAAGUCUGGAGGCAUUGUGGCUGCUCGUGAAUCGGACUACGGAGCCUUUCUGUGGUAUCCCCAAAGUGACGGGUUGGAUGAGUGGCAGUCACUCUACAGCAAAGUCGCUCGGCACAAUGGAGGAGAGCCGGAUGCCGGACGCGUGCUUCACGUGUGGGCCAAACAGGCUGGGUUUUCCGACAUUAAAUGCAGCUCGAGCAACUGGUGUUAUAGCUCGAAAGAUGAAGUCGAAUGGUGGGCCGAUCUAUGGGUGGAACGGUCGGUGUCAUCUGCGUUUGCCAAAACUGCCCUGGAUGGAAAGCUAGCCGCGACCGAGGAUCUAGAAAGGGUGUCCAACGCGUGGAGACUCUGGGGCGAGCAUGAGGACGCCUGGAUUAGUAUUCUAAGUGCCGAGGUUAUCUGUCGGAAGGAAUAG